AUGGUUGGCAAGCAGGGGAGGCAAUGGAGGUCGAUGUGCAAAGGCCUUGUCCUGGGUACCCUACUCACUAGCUGUAUGAUCCUGCUCUACUGCCUUUCUGCUCCACAGGCCCACUUCAACCUGCCUGAGGGUCCAGUGCCUUACUCCUGUUCCCAUCGACCUGCUCAAGCCCACGCCAGACUUAUCAAAAACAGCUCCCACCAUGCACCGGGGCAGACAGGCAUCUGCACUCCCAAAGUGGACAUCAUGUUCAUGAAAACCCACAAGACAGCCAGCAGCACACUCCUCAACAUCCUCUUCCGAUUUGGAGAGAAGCACCGGCUCAAGUUUGCCUUCCCAAACAGCCGUAACGACUUCUUCUACCCCUACCCAUUCCAGCGCUCCCAGGUCAAGGACUACAGGCCUGGCAUGUGCUUCAAUAUCAUCUGCAACCACAUGCGCUUCAACGCACCUGAGGUGGCCAAGGUGCUCCCUACAGACACCUCCUACAUCACCAUCCUCAGAGACCCGGCUGAGCUCUUUGAAUCCUCCUUCCACUACUUUGGCCGCCUGGUGCCCAUGACCUGGAAAAUACCAGGCGAGGACAAGGUGGGGGAGUUCCUGCGCGACCCCCGCCACUACUUUGACCCCAAUGGCUUCAACUCCUUCUACCUCAAGAAUCUGCUGUUCUUCGACUUUGGGCAGGACAACACUCUGGAGCUGGGCGACCCGCGGGUAGAGGAAGGCAUCCGGGCCAUCGCAGGCCACUUCCAGCUGGUCAUGCUGGUGGAGCACUUUGACGAGUCCCUCAUGCUGCUCAAGGACGCCCUCUGCUGGGAGAUGGAAGACCUGCUCUUCUUCAAGCUCAACGCCCGGAAGGGCUCCACCGUGUCUAAACUGACCCCGGAGCUGAGGGCCAAGGCCCUGGAGUGGAACGCCGUGGACUGGAGGCUUUACCAACACUUUAACGUCACCUUCUGGAGGAAGGUGGAGGCAUACGGACGCCAGCGAAUGGCCGACGAUGUGGCGGAGCUCCAGAGGAGGAACGCAGUGAUGGCGGCAGUCUGUAUCGAGGGAGGCCAUGCUGUGGAUGCAGGGAGCAUCCAGGAGACAGCCAUGCAGCCCUGGCAGCCCAUCGGGGAGAAGUCAAUCAUGGGCUACAACCUGAAAAAUAAUGUGGACAAGGCCCACCGCAAGCUGUGCCUUAAGAUGCUCACCCCAGAGCUGCAGUACCUGACAGAGCUGGGGGUCAACCUUUGGAUCACUAAACUGUGGGGUCAUGUGAGAGACGUGAUCAACUGGUGA